AUGUCAAUUCAAUUUGUUUAUAUUUUCUUUGUGUUGACACUUUCUUUCGAACAACCCGAAUAUACAGAAGAUAGCAGUCAAAGUCCAACAACUUCGACUCCAAGUGUUCAGAGUCAAAAGCCAAAGAGUUCACAUUCAAAAAACAAGAAAAAACGACAAAGACGACAAGAAAGAAAAGGGUUGGGAACUCAAGAAUCGGUAACCCAAUCUCCAACUACUUCUUCAAAUGAAAAACUCGUAGAAAUUCCUUCACAAGAGUUAAAAAAGGAAAAGGACGAAACAAAAGAAACAGAAGAAACAGAAGAAAAAACACAAGAACUUUUACCAGAAAAAGAUCCAAGUACAUACAAAUAUGUCGAAAAACCAUUUGCUAAAGACAUUAUUAUAUUGCCCAAUUAUGAAAUGUGUAAAGGUUAUAAGAAAUACACAACACAAUUAAAAUACAUGCAAUUUGUUGUGUUUUGGCCUGGUGAAAAGUGUGAGGACUCAACUUGUUCUCUUCCUGUUAAGACAGAAAUAGUCAAAGAAGGAUUUUUUCUUCACGGAUUUUGGCCACAAUUUUAUACACAAAAACAUCUUCAAUGCUGUCACACAAAAUAUGGCAUUCGAGAUAUAGAAAAGAUGAUUAAAAGUGAUGACUUUUUAUUUACAAAAAUAGUGAACAAUUGGAUGUCAAUAAAGAGUUGCAUCUUUUCAAUAUACCAAUAUGACAAACAUGGUAGUUGUUCACUUACAACUUACAACAGCGAGAAUGGACCAAAAGAUUAUUUAAAUACAGCUAUUAAUUUAUACGAAAAGGUUGAUAUAUGGAAAAUAUUACAAGAGAGUGACUUAAAAGUCGAGACGGAAAAGAUGUACAAUACAGAAGAUUUGAGAAAAGUUAUUUAUCCAAUUUUUAAUGUAAAUCCAGUGUUCUCAUGCAAAGAAAUUGGUUCAUUAUUUGAGAUAAAAAUCUGUUUUGAUAUUGAUAUUGACAAAUACGACCCCAAGCCAAGGGAAUGUCCAGACAGAGUUAUUCAAACCGAAAAAAGAAAAUGUGGUGAUAUGGUGAAAUUGAAAAAAUUUCCAGAUUAUUUGUUGAACCCCCUAACGGCACCAAGAAAUAAUUGUGAAUUUUAA